UUUUCUCUUCUCUCUUGCUCUUGCUAAGACCCUAGUACCCGAUCUCUAACUCAGAAUUAUGUAUCUUUGAGGCAGAAAUCUCCACGCAAGAAGAGGGAAGAAUGGCAAAUCUUAUCUGGUAGGGUACCUUUCCCUAAAGUUUCAAUUUUAAGUCAUUCAGACUCAUACUUUUCCUCUCCUCCCUUCUAUUCCCUUGGUUGCUGGACUUUCCUUGGGAGCUAUCUGAUGCCUCAGACUUUUCCCUGCUUUAAUCCCUCUUGCUCAGGUGCUUUCACUCCCUUUCCAGAAGGCAGGCAUUCUACCUCCAGUUACUCCAUCUAGCCAGACUGGUUUGAAUCAGCCACACCCCCUUCCGAGCUUCUGGGGCUCUUCGGAUGGUGGCUGGCCACUCAACCCCACCCCUGGGCUUGGCUUGGAGCCCUGAGUCAGCUCCAUCUCCACCCAAGCCAAAUCAAACCUGAGGCAGGAGCCGAAACUCACAGUUCCUCAAGGCCUAUAGCCAGGUGAUGGAGGACGAGGAGAAGGCAGUGGAGAGCUUGGUGAGCAACACGGAAGCUGCUCGUUCUCCAUCCCCCAUUCGCUGCUGCUCGCUCCGCCUCCGCUACUUGGCAGCUACUAGCAUUAUAUGUGGCUGCUCUUGCCUGGGAGUCGUGGCCCUUGUGUUUGCCAUCAAGGCGGAAGAGCGGCAUAAGGCAGGCCGGUUGGAGGAGGCAGUGCACUGGGGGGCCCGGGCCCGGAGGUUCAUCCUGGCCAGCUUUGCCGUCUGGCUUGCUGUCCUUGUUCUGGGCCCGCUGCUUCUAUGGCUGCUCUCCUACGCCAUCGCCCAGGCUGAGUGACCCUAGCUGGCCUUUGCUGAGAGUCAGCCGAGACAUCCUGAAUCCUGCAAUGCGGCAUUGCUAGGGUCUGGUGCCAACAAUGGUACUUCCUGGCUGGAAGGAUGGUGCCUCUCUCAAAGGGCUUUGGAAGAGAGAGGCAGCAGCUGAGACUGAUGAGGGGAGGUCAGCCUGCUCUGUUCUUUCAGUGCCCACCAUCCCCUAUUCCCCCCAAUCUCCUCCAUCCUAGGGGCCUCUAGGAGGUGGGAUUGAAGCCCAGGCCUGAUUUUAUUAGUAUUUGUUUUGUAAUAAAAGUCUUUUUUAGUGGCGAAA